GCUUUCUGGAAGCAACCUCUCCUUCCUAGUGCUGAGCGCGAGCCUGAGCAGUGCUAACUCUGCCAGCGAGACUUUUUAUUUUACUCCGCUGGUUUCGCUGCUUAGCUAUGGCUGCCGUAAAAGCGUUAAACCCCAAGGCGGAGGUAGCCAGAGCUCAGGCUGCCUUGGCUGUUAACAUCAGUGCCGCCCGUGGGCUCCAAGACGUACUGAGAAGCAACUUGGGGCCGAAAGGGACCAUGAAAAUGCUUGUGUCUGGUGCAGGAGACAUAAAGCUGACCAAAGAUGGCAACGUUUUGCUACAUGAGAUGCAAAUUCAACAUCCGACGGCGUCACUGAUUGCUAAAGUUGCAACGGCGCAGGAUGACAUCACGGGAGACGGAACGACCUCCAACGUCCUCAUCAUCGGCGAACUGUUGAAGCAAGCUGACCUCUAUGUGUCAGAGGGCCUUCAUCCAAGAAUUGUUGCUGAGGGCUUUGAGGUAGCAAAGGAUAAAGCUUUGGCUGUUCUUGAGGAAGUGAAGGUGACUCAGGAAAUGGACAGAGAGACACUCAUCAACGUUGCUCGCACUUCCCUCAGGACCAAGGUCCACACAGAGCUGGCAGACCUGCUCACUGAGGCUGUAGUAGAUGCUGUGCUUGCUAUCUCUAAACCCAAUGAGGCAAUCGACCUGUACAUGGUGGAAAUCAUGGAGAUGAAGCACAAGACUGACAGCGACACACAGCUGAUCAGAGGUUUGGUGAUGGAUCACGGUGCUCGACACCCAGACAUGAAGAAGAGAGUGGAGAAUGCCUACGUGCUGACAUGCAACGUCUCACUGGAGUACGAGAAGACAGAGGUCAACUCUGGCUUCUUUUACAAGAGCGCAGAGGAGAGGGAGAAGCUUGUUGCUGCAGAGAGGAAGUUCAUUGAGGAUCGUGUGCAGAAGAUCAUCGCCCUGAAGAAGAAAGUCUGUCCCAGUGAUGAAAAAGGUUUUGUCGUCAUUAACCAGAAGGGCAUUGACCCAUUCUCCCUGGAUGCUCUUGCUAAAGAAGGCAUUGUUGCCCUACGCAGAGCAAAGAGGAGGAACAUGGAGAGGCUUACCCUUGCUUGUGGUGGUAUCGCCAUGAAUUCAGUUGAUGACCUCACACCUGAGUGCCUGGGGCAUGCUGGGUUGAUAUAUGAACACACACUGGGGGAAGAGAAGUACACAUUCAUUGAGAAGUGUGAGAACCCUCGCUCUGUUACCCUGCUGGUUAAGGGCCCCAACAAACACACCCUCACACAGAUCAAAGAUGCUGUAAGGGAUGGUCUUCGGGCAGUGAAGAACGCUAUCGAAGAUGGCAGCGUCGUACCUGGUGCAGGUGCAUUUGAGGUCGCUGUGGCCGAUGCGCUGGUUAAACACAAGCCGAAUGUGAAAGGCAGAGCCCAGCUGGGAAUUCAGGCAUUUGCAGAUGCUCUUCUAGUCAUCCCCAAGGUCUUGGCCCAGAACUCUGGUUACGACCCACAGGAGACCCUGCUGAAGCUUCAGACAGAGUACACACAGUCUGGUCAGCUAGUUGGAGUCGAUCUUAGUACAGGGGAACCAAUGGUGGCGGGGGAAGCAGGUGUUUGGGAUAAUUACAGUGUGAAGAAACAGCUCCUUCAUUCAUGCACGGUGAUUGCCAGUAACAUCUUGUUGGUAGAUGAGAUCAUGCGAGCUGGAAUGUCUUCUCUGAAAGGUUAAAGGUCAAUUAGAGAGAGCGCAACUGUUAUUGUACUCACAGGGACAGUUGUUCAUCUGCCGGUUCAGUCAACGUGAUCCUGCUUUCGGCACUCUAAAGCACCCGUCGAUGGACAGCCUCCCAAGCAAACCCACGGCGCCCAUCUCAUCAGUCAGGAGUCAUUGGUCUCCUGGUCAUGUUUUAUUUUUUCAGGAAUUAGUCAAUGCCUCCCUCUGAAAUGAUUGGUUUAUUUAUGAGAUUUUGUUAAGUGCACUGACCGCUGCCACAGUUACGUUUCUACCCAUUAAAGGCUUUCUUGGCGUCCAGAGAA